AUGCUGCGUUUCCUGCGCUCGUGCCACUAUUCCGAGGACGACAUCUGUCUCAUCAUCGCGCACGCUAGCAUUUAUUUCCCGGACACGUACGCUGCCGCGGGUCAUUGUAUGAGCUUGAUCGAGAAGGGGAACGUGUUGGCGACCCUCGUCUUCCUGGCGCACUGCUGGGUCCAAGACGAGACUUGCCCUCUUCAGGUUUGGCACGAGCACCUGUUCAAGCAGUAUUGCAGCCUGGAGACGCUCAACUCGGCCGUUCUGCGGCUCAUGGAGCUGCGCGGCUACAUUCUGAGGGUGAGCAGCAAGGAGGUGGAGCACCGUAUGCAGAUGCUCCUGGCCGCCAGUGAGAUCGCGGCUCCAGGCUGCACGCCAGAGCCGCGCGUGCUGCCGGCGCGCUCGGGCUACUUCGGUGCCCGCGUGUCGGGCGGGCCCGCCUUCCUGCAGAAGGGACUGGAGACUAUCCUCGACACCUGCGUGUCGCGGUCGAGGGCGGACAGCGAGUGA